AUUUUUUUUUUUUCUAUAAAUGUCAAUUAAAUUUUAUUUGUUGGGUCAAAAAGUGUGAAAAUGUAAUACUAAUUAAUUAAUGUAAAGCCCCUGAUAUAUUUUUACUAUAGCAAUUGUAAAAUACUUCUACACCAUUUUUUUUUGCAAGAUUUUGAAUUUCGAAUAUUGACAAAAUGUAUUAAAAUUGAAAUUCAAAAAUUAUUUUGCAGUUAAAAAUUUAUAAAAUGUUUAACUUUUAUUUAAAAUUUAAAAUAAGCCUCCACAUAAAUAGGUUAUAUAUAAAUUACUUUAUUCACAAUAAUAUCAUCAAUUAAUAUACCGUACUUAGUAAUAUCAUAGGCUGACCCCCUUCUUUCGAUUUUAAUUUUAAUUUUUCCUAUGGUUAUAAUAUUUUUAUUAUUUAAAUUUAAAAUAAUAUAAUGAUUUUAACAAUUGAAGAUUUUAAUAUUAUUGAACAAUAACUAUUCGAUCUUUUUCAGUAGGUUUUAGUUACAGAGGGUUCUUAAUAAUAAAUUUGUAUCGAUUCGUAUUCGAAUUUAUUUCGAAAUAGAUUUUUGGACCAGUUUUAGUCUUCAGUCUUGCAAGUUAAACUAACAAAUUAAUGUGCAGUGUGUAUAAUAUUAUAAUUAUUUUACGAUUUAUUCAAUUUUUUUAUAACUUUUUUUACGAUAACAGAGAUAUAAUAUAAACUACGUGUAUACCAGAUUGAGUUUAAUCUUUUAAUGUAUACUGGCAUACUGCUUUAGUUUUUAAUCUGUUUAUGUGUACGAUAGGAUGUGAUUUCUCAAACAUUCAGUGCAAAAUUAUAGUAGACGGGAUUUUUUUUUGUUUUUAAAACACGUGAAGACGUGAUACAUUAUUAUUGUAUAAUUAUGAAAUAUAUUACAUACUAUAGAAAACAUUACAAUACAAAGUGAAUGUUCUUAUGCUAAAUGCAUCAUCAAUAAUAAUUAUAUUAUUUAUUAUUUAAAUAUUUAUGAAUAAACGUAAUUUGGAUUCGAUUAAAAGUAAUUCAUUAUUCAUAAGUCUAUAUAAAUAAACAUCAGUUAGGUAAGUGAAAAAUUAAAUUAACUAAAACAAUAUUGAAAUAUAUAAUUGAUUUUAGAGUAUAAAAAUGUAAGAUAACCACAUUUUAAUAACUAUAAUCUAAUGAAUAGGUCUAACUCACUCAAGAGUAAUAUAAUAUUAUAAUAAUAUUAUGUACGUUUAUAUUGAUCUUUGAAAACAUGACGAUUUCUCAUCGAACGAUUUUCUUAUUUUGAUGUAUUUUAAAAACGAAAAGCCGUAUAAUAUAAAGCCUAUAUUAUAUAUAUAUAUAUUAUAUGUAAAAAAAAAAAUAUUUUUGUGUGUAUAGUUAAUAGACAGUAUUGACUAUGUACAUUAUUUAUAAAUAUAUAUUGUGUGUUUCUAAACAAAUCGUUUAAAUAAUUUGAAUUGAAUUCAAAAUCAAUUUUAGUAUAAGAUUUUAGACCCAGGUCUUCCAAAUAACGGACAUAUUAUACUAUUAGCAAUGCAAAAUACGAAGCAAAUUCCGGAACCCAGUCAAUGUGAACCAGCUAAGUACGAGUAUAAGAAAUCGUCGUAUGAGGACAUUUAUGAUGUGCUACAAUCCUUACGCAAAAAUGAAGUUCUUUGUGAUAUCAAAAUAGAAACAGACGAUGGUGGAGUUAUAUUCGGACAUAAAGUGGUUCUAGCAUCGGCUAGUCCAUAUUUCCUUGCAAUGUUCACGAGUUUUUCUGAAAAGAAACAAGAUCUAGUUGCUAUCAGGCAGCUGGACUCUAGUGCCUUACAGCUCUUAAUAGACUAUGUUUAUUCCGGGAAAAUCUCGAUCACUGAAAAAAACGUACAGGUUUUGUUACCAGCAUCAAAUUUUUUGCAAUUACAAGAAGUCAAAAACGCAUGUUGUGAUUUUCUACAGGCGCAACUAUGUCCCACAAAUGUUAUUGGGAUAAUUGCUAUAGCUGAUUUACAUAGCUGUACGAAAUUGUUAACAAGUUCAGAAUUAUAUAUUCAACAACAUUUUUCGGAUGUGAUAGAAGGAGAAGAAUUUCUGUCCUUGUCAUCGGAACAAAUGGUCAAGUUAAUCGCCAGUGAGGAACUUACAGCUCCAUCUGAAGAAAAAAUAUUUGAAAGUGUUAUUCGAUGGGUAAAAUAUGAUUUGGAAUCCAGAAAACAAAUUUUGCCCCAAUUAAUGGAACAUGUGCGUUUACCAUUAACAUCGAAAGAUUACAUAUUAAAAAAUGUAGUUGAUGAACCUCUUCUUAAUAAUUGUUCUAAAUGUAAAGAUUUCGUAAUUGAAGCCUUACAUUGUCUUUUACUCAAGUCAGAUGAGCUUAUCACUAUUCCACAUAACAUCCGGACAAAACCUAGACAGUCUGGUGGUUCUCAUAAAGUUAUUUUAGUGGUUGGUGGAUCAGGGAUCAAUUUCGAAAUAUUAGAUAGUACAGAAUGGUAUGACCCAAAAAUCAACAAAUGGCAGUAUGGCCCAAAAAUGAUCUCACCACGUUAUGCUGGUUGUGUAGCUGUAGUAAAAGAUAAUGUUGCGUUAUAUUUGGGUGGUGAAAAUUCUGAAUCAACUUUUAAAUCUGUUGAUGGGCUAAAAUUAUCUUCAGAAUCACCUCAUUGGAUACCAACCUACAACAUGUUAGUUAAACGUCAAGAUUUUGGAGUUGGUGUUAUAAACAAUUAUAUAUAUGCUGUCGGCGGUUUUGAUGGCAAAAUUAUUUUAAAUAGUGCAGAAGUUUUUGACUGCAGAACUCGAGAAUGGCGUAAAAUAUCAAAUAUGUCUACUAAACGACGUGGUCAUGGGCAUGGAGUACUGAAUAAUCUUUUAUAUGUGGUAGGAGGUUACGUUUCAAAGCAUAGAUUAAACACUGUUGAAUGCUAUUGUCCCAGUCUUGAUAAAUGGACGCCAGUUGCAGAAAUGUGUGUACGCCGUUGUGAUUUGGGUGUUGGAGUUUUAGAUGGUGUGCUGUAUGCUGUAGGAGGUAAUGAUGGAUUAACAGUGCACAGGAGUGUAGAAGCAUACAGACCUAGUUCAGGAAUAUGGAAUAAUAUUCCGGACAUGCAUCUAUGUCGACAGUCUCCUGGAGUAGCUGUAAUAGAUGGAUUAUUGUAUGUCGUCGGUGGUAGUGACGGAGCUUCUACUUUGGACUCUGUAGAAUUUUACAACCCCAACACCAAUACCUGGACAAUGGUCACAGCGUCAAUGAACUGUCCACGGUCGUCAGCAGGAGUUGUGGUCAUUGAUAAGCCAAGACAUUUUAAAGCUGGAUUUGAGCGUCUUAGUGAUGAACAAAUAGUAAGUGGAGCAUUAGGUACAGUUUCGGAAAGUGAAGGCGAAGAAGAAGAAAACGAUGAAGUAAAUGAAGUAAAGCAAGUGAGCCAUGAAGCAGCUCUAAAACAUAUAGACGGGAUCAUUAAAUGUCUAGAAGAACAAGGCGAUACAACUCUCAUAUUGGAAUACUGUUGUUGUGUUAAGAAUUCAAAGCUCCUGGACUUAAUAAAUAUACAAUUUGCAAUGCAACAUCUACAAGAAAUACCAAUAUUCACUAGUUGUGAACCAGCCAAAUUUGAGUAUACAAAAAGGUCUUAUGCCGAAAUGUUUCAAGUGUUACAAUCUUUACGCCAACAUGAGGUUCUUUGUGACAUUAAACUGGAGACAGAUGACGGUACUAUAAUAUUUGGACAUAAAGUGGUUUUAGCAUCGGCUAGCCCAUAUUUCCAAGCAAUGUUCACACAUUUUGCAGAAAAGAAUAAAGACCUUGUAGUUAUAAGAGAAUUAGAUUCUAUCACUUUACAAGUCUUGGUAGAUUUUAUUUAUUCUGGGAAAAUCGUGGUCACCGAGAAUAAUGUACAGAAUUUAUUACCGGCGGCAAAUCUCUUGCAAUUACAAGAAAUAAAGGAGGCAUGCUGUGGUUUUUUACAGACACAACUGCAUUUUACAAAUUGUCUUGGUGUAAAAGCGUUAGCAGAUUUACACAGCUGUCCACAAUUAUUAACAAGUUCAGAAUUGUAUAUUAAACAACAUUUUUUAGACGUGAUUGAGGGUGACGAAUUCCUCUCCUUAUCAUCUGAUCAAGUAGUAAAGUUGAUCUCCAGCGACGAACUUACUGUUCCAUAUGAAGAAAAAGUAUUUGAAUGUGUUAUUCGUUGGGUUACACAAGAAUUGGAUUCUAGAAAAUGUAUGUUAUCCCAAUUAAUGGAACAUGUGCGAUUACCGUUACUAUCAAAAAAUUAUAUAUUAACAAAAGUAAUUGAGGAACCUCUUCUAAAUAAUGGUCUUUGUAAAGAUUAUAUUAUGGAGGCAUUAAAUUUUCAUUCACUUGGGUCGGAUCAGCUUAUCGACUGUAUUCCAAAAAAUAUACGUACUAAACCUAGGCUUGGAGAUAAAGUUAUUUUAGUGGUUAGUGGAUCCGGACAUUUUGAAAAUCGUACAGAAUGGUACGAUCCAAAAAUCAAGCGAUGGCAGUUUGGACCAGAAAUGACUCUUUGCCGAGUUAAAGCUGGUCUAGCUGUAUCAAGAGAUAAUUUUGUGUUUGCAAUGGGAGGUCAUAGUUGUGGAUUACCUGUCCAGACUGUUAAUGUGCUUGAUUUAUCAUCAGAACUACCUUGUUGGAAAACAUCCGUUGAGAUGUUGGUUAAAAGAAGUAAAUUAGGAGUUGGCAUGAUAAAUAAUUGUCUUUAUGCUGUUGGCGGAUACGAUGGUGCUAAUACUUUAAAUAGCGCAGAACUUUUUGACUGCAGUACUCAAGAACAGCAUAUGGUAUCUAGUAUGUGUACAAGGAGAGCUGAUUUUGGGGUUGGAGUACUGAAUAAUCUUUUAUAUGCGGUCGGAGGUUAUGAUUAUUCAACAAGCCAGAGGUUAAACUCUGUUGAAUGUUAUCAUCCUAGUCUUGAUACAUGGAUACCACUUGCAGAAAUGCAUGUGCGUCGAAAUGACGUUGGUGUAGGAGUUUUGAAUGGUGUGCUGUAUGCUGUAGGUGGUGGCAAUAGAUUUGGAGCUCUGAAAAGUGUUGAAGCAUACAGUCCAGCUACAGGAGUUUGGACGACUAUCGCAGACAUGAGAUUGCCUCGACAAAAUGCAGGUGUAGUGGCAUUAGAUGGUUUAUUGUAUGUCGUCGGUGGAUGGCACUUUUUAGAUGUUCAUGAUUCUGUAGAAGUGUACAACCCCAUCACCAAUACCUGGUCCAUGCUUAAAGCAUCAAUGAAUGUACCACGACGUCUAGCAUUAGCUAUUGAAAGGCCAGCUCAUUUUUAAAAUUUGUAAAAAUACAUGAUUUUUUUUCUGUAGUUAUAAUAGGUUUAUAUUGUUUAUAGAUAUGUAUCAAAAUACAUUUUUUUGUCUAUUGAUUUGACUAUUUUUUUAAUGUUUUAUUAAAAGGACUGUACAAUAUAAACUGAAUAUAUAUUAAAUAAACAAAGUUUAAAAUUUAUGAAA